CAGUAUUGAGGGCACUACUAUCUUCUCAAAGAUCGACUUAGUCAGAGCAUACUACCACAUCCCUGUUGCCCCACAAGACAUACCGAAGACAGCAGUAACAACCCCAUUCGGGCUAUAUGAAUUCCUGCGUAUGCCUUUUGGACUGACUAACGCGGCACAGACCUUUCAACGGUUUAUCGACCAGGUCAUUAGAGGUUUACCUGGGGUAUACGCGUAUAUUGACGAUUUAUUAGUAGCUAGCACCACUAAAGAUGAUCAUAUACAACAACUACGGCAAUUAUUUAUACGACUCAGAGAACAUGGUAUUUCUAUAAAUAUUGAGAAGUGUGAAUUCGGAAAGGAAUCUUUACAGUUCCUAGGUCACAAUAUAACUUCUCAAGGCAUCACACCAAUAGCAACAGAAGUCGACGCCAUUAGGAAUUAUCCCCUACCCGACUCAUGGAAAAAGUUACGCCGAUUUCUCGGGUUAAUAAAUUAUUACAGACGAUUUAUCCCGAAUUGCGCGUCAAUAUUGCAACCACUAACAGAUGCAUUACGCGGAAACGCACGGACAUUCCAAUUAUCACCAGACGCGAUUCAAGCAUUCGAGAACGCUAAAAAAGCACUAAAUAAAGAAGUGACACUAACUAGACGAAAGAGCGAAACACCGUUAGCUAUCAUGACGGAUGCAUCAGACGUAGCGGUAGGAGCCGUUUUACAACAAUUAGUAAAUGGCAUAUGGGAACCGCUCUCAUUUUUUUCGAAAAGACUGGAUCCGACACAAACAAGAUAUAGUACUUUCGGAAGAGAACUCCUAGCAAUUUACUUGGCAAUAAAACAUUUCCGACAUAUGAUUGAGGGUACCAUUUUCACAAUAUAUACAGACCAUAAACCCCUCACAAAAGCAUUGAACGCCAAACAGGACAACUACUCGCCGAGGGAAAUCCGACAAUUAGAAUUUAUUUCCCAAUUCACGUCCAACAUACAGUAUAUCAAAGGUAAUAGUAACGAAGUAGCAGACGCAUUAUCCAGAACGAUGGUUAACGCUCUCAUCCAGUCUGAAAUCGAUUAUCACAAGUUAGCAGCAUUACAAAAUAUUGACGUCGAGUUAAACAGACUAAAGUCUGCCAAUACAACCUCGUUAGUUCUCAAAGAAACUCCAUUGGAAGAAGUAAGCAUCACCUGCGAUAUUUCUACAGGUCAACCAAGACCAUUUAUUCCAAAGCCGCUAAGGCGAAACAUUUUCGAAGCCAUGCACAAUAUUUCGCAUCCCGGAAUAAAGGCCACCAUCAAACUAAUCAGCGAACGUUUUGUAUGGCCAAGUAUGAAUCGGGAUAUUCGUAAUUGGACGCAAGCGUGUAUAAAAUGCCAGAGAGUUAAGAUACAUCGCCACACCAGUUCCGCAGUAGGUCAUUUCCGUCAUCCCGAUAACAGAUUCGAGCACGUACAUAUCGAUAUUAUAGGACCACUGCCGGUUUCGAAUGGCUUCAGUUACAUUUUCACUUGCAUUGAUAGAUUCACACGAUGGCCUGUAGCUGUGCCCAUAAAAGAUAUUACAGCCGAAACUAUCGCAAAAACCCUAGUAGAGCAUUGGAUUUCCCAUUUUGGUGUACCUACUAAUAUCACAACCGAUAGAGGAGCUCAAUUCGAGAGCCGCCUCUUCCAACAACUCACAGAACUACUCGGAAUCAAACGAAUUCGCACAACAUCCUACCAUCCGAUGUCGAAUGGUAUGGUAGAGAGAUUGCAUCGGCAACUUAAAGCUUCUCUUACAGCUGUCAUCAGCAAUAACGAUUGGGCCAGCAAGCUACCGUUAGUCAUGUUGAGCUUAAGAUCAACAAUCAAACAAGAUAUAGAAUGCUGCCCAGCAGAAUUGGUUUAUGGAACCACACUACGUCUGCCAGGAGAGUUUUUCACCGCAAGUAAAAGCGUCCCAACUGAUAUAGCGGACUAUGUACAGCGUCUUAAGCAGCAUAUGAGUAGUCUAAGGAUAACGCUUCCGAGACAACAUCAACGCCGUGUGUACAUACCCAAACAACUAAGUGACAGUACCCAUGUGUUUAUCAGAAGGGAUAAUGUGCAACGUCCCUUGCAACCGGCCUACGAUGGUCCAUUUAAGGUGAUUAAAAGAGACGACAAAACUAUUACGGUAGAAAAAGCUGGAAAAACGGAUGUAAUUAGCAUCGACCGAGUCAAACCAGCUUUCAUCGAAGCCUACGAUCAGCCAGUACAUACAGAUACUGCGAAAACCGUUGAAUCAUCGAAACUUCAGUUCCAAUCAUCAACGACAUCGACGAACACAAACAAAGAGAAUCCAGUAACUACAAAGUCUGGUCGAAGAGUAAGAUGGCCCCAACGUUAUGUCGCUGCAAUCUUCUAUUAAUAAUCUUCUACUAUUUUAAAUAUUAAUUAUAACUUCCACUUCAUUGUACACACAUGCAUUACUAAUUUCAUGUUUUACGCUAUAAAACUCAACAUAUCCUAUGUACCCCUACACUUAAACGUAUAAUUUUUAUUUAAAAUGUAAAGCAAUACCGCAUUCCUUCUAUUUAUUGCUAUUAUUUUUUAUAACCUCACGGACAGGCGCAAACCAAAUGUACAGCACACACCAACUUCAUCUUAAUUUUGUACAAACUAUUUUUUUUCAAACGAUUGUAACUACCUUACUCAGUUUAGUAAUUUUUUGUGCAAACACAGACAUUUUUCCAUAUAUCUUUGUUUGCAGGGGGGAGCUAUUAUAGUGACUCACGUGCAAUUGAGUUUAGUUCAGUCAAGGCCUUUUGUUGACCUAUUUAAUGGACAAAGUCAUCCAUGAUAUAACAACUUGUUGUACUAUCUUUAUUAUUACGCUUGUAUGAAAUACAUAUGCUUGAACAUUGUUUAGCGCCUACGCAUGUAUUCAUUCUGCUAGCUUCAUUAUUAACUGCUUAGUCUAUUCGCUGACUCAUCCAUUUUCCUAUACAUAUAUAUAUGUGUACAUUUGCACCCAUUCACUACAACUACUACUACUACUACUACAACUACUUGCUACUGCUACAAUCGUAGUUCGCUUGCUCAUUCAUUUUGCCUCUCCGCUGUCUGGUCCGAAUUAUCUACUAAAUAAACUGUAGUAGCUGCUUCUUUUUGCCUUCUGAUUUCAAACAUCGCUGAAGAUUAUACGAUAACGGUUCGAGGGUGAUUAAUUAUCGAAGCACAGCC